UGUACAUACUCUCCAUACACACACUAUCAUUUACUCAAACUAUUUCCUUUAUAGGUUGUUCCAGGACAUUCACACGUUUCUUGAGGUUCCCAUAUGAAACAGAAGGACUGGUAACAGAUCCUCGUGGACAUGACCUGCGAGCCAAGACGAUAAGGCAGAACCUUGCGCACCUCAUCUGUGUGUGCAUGCACACCGAAGGGAGUCAGUCAAACCCUUGUCUAAGAUGAGGAUAAGGACGUAUUCGAGAGGGCACAUUGUGCAGAAGUUCCGUGAGCACUGCCAGUCCCUCACGGCUGACAAAAAAGCAGGGUAUCAGAGGGAAUUUGAGGAGCUGAGUUACACUGGGCAGGACUUCCCAUGCAGGGCUGGAGACCUGAGUGCUAAUAAGGAAAAAAACCGAUACCCCCGUAUCUUACCCUAUGACCACUGCAGGGUUAAGCUCUGUCCGCUGAUGUCACAGCCCCACUCCGACUACAUCAACGCCAGCUAUGUGCCCGGCGGCUAUACCAGCCAUGACUUCAUCUGUACCCAGGCGCCUUUACCGUCAACCAUGGAUGAUUUCUGGCGGAUGGUCUGGGAGCAAAAUGUGCAGGUCAUCGUCAUGGUGACAGCACUGAAGGGCAGCAGCAAGGUCAUGUGUAACCAGUACUGGCCUCCAGAGAGAGGCAUGGGCUGUUACGGAGCAGUGCAGGUGACCUCCAUGUCCUGCCAUUAUGGCCCGGACUGCUACGUCACCACCAUCCACCUGCGACAUCGUGGCCAAUCAGGAGAGAGGCAUGUGACGCAUUACCACUACCCGGACUGGCCUGAUCAAGGAGUGCCAAAGGACCCCUCGUCGCUCUGCGCCUUCGCUGAGCGCGUGCGGAAACACCUGGAAGACGUUUCGCCUGCCAGACCCACAGUGGUGCACUGCAGUGCAGGUGUGGGUCGCUCUGGAACCUUCGUGGCUUUAUUGUGGUUAAUGCGGCUCUGCCUGAGGGGGAUCCCUCCUGACGUUUACCUGACUGUCCGAGACCUGCGCAGACACAGAGUGCUGAUGGUGCAAAACUUGGGACAGUAUAUAUUUGUGCAUCAGUGUCUGCUUCACUGGCUGGGUAGGGACAAGUUGGGACCAAGUACCCACAAUGCAUUUCGACUCCAGCCCCAGCAGCCAGAAAGACCCAAGCACAGCCGAAGACACGGCGUGAGCCGAGGGAGGCAGCCCGACCGUCCGCACCAGGAUCCGGAGGCGACGCGGCUCUCACUCGGCAGCAGCCUGCAGACGUUCCUCCCCGGGAAGCUCUUGCGGAGGAUCCUCCCCGCGUCCUCAACCCCGAGCUCUCACGCGUCACGGGACACUGAGCUGUAGCCGUUCGACACGUGGAACAGUCGCCACGCACAGCAAGCGCUGAUCCGAGAUCAGCUCCAUUAUCCUGACGGGGCGGGAGGAGCGCAGAAAAUCUGUUUGAAAGAACGGCUAGUCAAAGUACUGCCAGGAUAUGUAGAAGGAGCACAACGGAAUAAUGUUUAAAGACUUUCAAGAGGUUAUGCAAUAUUCAGAGGGAACAACAGAAGCUACGAGGACUGUUACGAUACUCUGGCUGGAAAUCAAAGACCAGCUACCAUUUGCUAUUUGGCAAAAACAAUCGAAACAAGACGACCACAAAUAUUCAAUAACACGGGGCACUGGAAACUGAUCAUAAUUAACAUAAGCCUUUAUAAGAAAUUGCCUAUAGGCCUACCGAGUAGAUUCUUCAAGAGUAGUACAAUUCUGAAAAAGUACACAAGCACUGAAAAAUAGUGAUAUUAUUUCAGAUUACACAAUAUCGUCUGUGAAACAUCUCUGUACUGAUAUUUGCAGGACGUUGUAAUGUAAUCCACCCAGACUUAUUUAUAUUUUGCGGUCCGAAUCUUUUACCAAGCACGGUUAUGGCUAAAACAUAAUAUAUUAAGCCUAAAGAACAUUAAGUAAUCACACAUCCAGACAGUAGCUAACUCCAUACCACAGGUUUCUCAAAACAUGAUGCUGAAUAAGUUGGAGUUUGGUCGAGGGAGGCCAUCUUAAAUUUAAAAAAUUAACAUGAGAAAUAAACGUUGCCCAAAAACAUUUAACAUUUUUUUCAAGACUAUUGCUGUUUGAACAUAUAAAUUCUUACCAAUAACAUUGUUAAAGAAAAGAUUUAUUUUUUUAAUGAGGUCAUCCAGUCAAUUGAACAUUUACAGUUUUUUUUUAAUAAACUGAAAUAGAAAUGUGAUUUGAUUUUGUAGUUUCUCAUUGUUAUUUAAGUGCUUAUUUAGUCAGCUUUAUUGCCUCAUGAUUACUGUGGCAGUUGUGUUCUGUAUUAGUUGGUAUCUUGUAUUUCUCAGUUAAAACUAUGAUAAAAAUAAAUAUAUUUUUCUCCUUGUGGUAUCGAUUAUGCUUCUAUAGGUUUGACAUCUUUGUGUUUCUGUAGGAGGAUUUUUAACUGCUGUGUGCAAAUGAUUGUAGCAUAAUUAUUAUAGUGGUCGGUAUAACGCAUCUCCGUACACCCGAGCUUUCCUGAUUUCCCGCUGUGUGCUCUUCCAGACAUCUAGCCACACCAGGAGGGACCGCAUUUCUCCGCUCUACAAGGUGGUGCUUGACAUAUCCAGAAGCCUUUGUUUCCCCGUUCCUGUGUAAGCUGCUUGUGCCACAGUUAGGUCAAGGCAUGCCGUGAGAUGGCUGGUGCUCGUUCCUCAUUUAUGCGCAGCGACGCGGCCUGCCUGCGACGAGGAACACUCGCACUAAACCAGAGUCGCCUGCCAUAGCAGCUGACGAUCAUGCAGCGCAUCGCUGUAAUUGGAGGUGUGUCGACUCGGUAGCACCCUCUUCUGGAGACUCCUGGUGCUUAGAAAGAACAUGCAAGCCCAACCCAUGUCUCGGAAGCGCAGCAUCAAAGUGCAAGCAGUUGAGAGUGAUGCUGGCACUUGCUCCAGAUCGAGGAGGGUACGAGAGACGAACGUAAAUGCAUCUGGUCCCUUCACGACCUGAUCCGUGUGCUUGAGCGUAUAGCUCGUGAUUAUUUGCUAAAACGUAUUAGCUCACUAUCAAGUCUACAUUUCUGCAUGAGACUAAUAAUCAGCCAAAGAGCUCUUGAAAUAUUAUAUUUACCCUUUUCCCAAUUAUUUUAUUAACAUAUCUUUUUCAGAACCCACGAGGAACUUUCAGGCUUGCUAGCCAUUAGUACACGGCGACAUCAUAGUUCUCCCUCGUGACUUCUGCAUUGUAGAAGGAAGACAGACAGAAAAGUCCACGGGGUUUUCUGUAUGUAUCCUUUAUGCAUAGCAGUGCACAUAAUAUAAAUCACAUUUGGUGUGUGAGACAGUAGCAUUACUCAGUCAAGGAGUUGAACUAAGCUUCACCGAGGACAGCACACUCCGUGUUCUCAUUCAGCUGUCGUCCAAGCAAAAUCUGGUCCUUAAAAAAAAACACUAUGUCUGUGGCAUGAAUGAAUACACCGCGACUGGGUUUUCUCGUGUCCAGUAAAGGGCUCUGUGUGCGUGUGCGUGUGUGUGUGUGUAUAAAACACAGCUGCCAGUCCCGCUCUGUACUUCAUAAACAUUGGUGAACUGUUUUUAAUUAACUGUUGAAAGGUCUGGACCUGAAGACCACAGCAGCUGUGAUCCUACAACCAGUUGAAGCAGUGCCUUUAUUGGUUAAGAGCAGCGGUAUGAAAGCAGGGGGGUGUGGGCACACAUGCAGCCCGUGAGGAGUCAAGGACGAGACGAGCAAAGGCGGAGCGAGUCAGGGGUCCCGGGAGGAGCCGAGGACGAUGCAAAGGGCAGCAGGAAGGGCAGAAGAAGGCAAGGCAAAGCUGACAAAUGGUAAGUUCUUGAACUAAAAAUGUAUAAAAGCUUAAAUUAUAAAAACUUU